UGAAUGAAGUUUGCCUCCUCCUCUUCUACUUCGUCUUUCUUCCUGCCCAGUGCGGUGCCCAGUGCGAACAAACCCGCCUCCAGGCGCAGUGGCCUGGAGAUCUGUUGACACUUUUCUCCAGCUUUUGGGGCAUUACCGCAUGUGUUUGGCGCAGCUCUCAAGUGUCGCUCUGGAGCAGAAGCAGAUCCAGGGAUAAGAGCGCAGGGGCCAGCUGGGAAUACUGGGCUGACGCCGUGAGGAGGAGGAGGAGAAGGAAAAAGAGGAAAGAGAGGAGGAGGGUGGUCUCUUUCCCACACGGAGCUGAGGUCAAUGCUGCUGGCUGGAGCGACCCCUUCCCUGCACCCGGAGCCAUGAGCAACAGCGGCUCCGCCAACUUUUUGCUGGUGCCCAUCCCCGAGUACCCGCUACCGGACUGCGUGCCCAACAAGACGGUGAAGAUCGUGGUGCUGGGGGCCAGCAACGUCGGCAAAACUGCUCUCAUUGUCAGGUUUCUGACAAAACGCUUUAUUGGAGACUAUGAAGCCAACACAGGAGCGCUCUACUCCAGAAAGGUCACCCUGGACGGUGAAGAAGUGUCACUUCAGAUCCAGGACACGCCUUGCGUGGCCCUGCAGGACGACGCCGAGGGCCUCUACUGCCAGGAGCAGAUCAACAGGUCCAUCUACUGGGCAGACGGCUACGUGCUGGUCUUCUCCAUCACGGACCACAGCAGCUAUCGCACCAUCCAACCUCUGUACCAGCACGUCAGACGCAUCCACCCCUCGGGAAACAUUCCUGUCAUCCUGAUCGGCAACAAAAGCGACCUGCUUCGAGCCCGACAAGUGCCGGCGGAUGAAGGCGAGACGUUAGCGUCCUCUUUAGGGGGCGCUUACUUUGAAGCCUCAGCCAGGGAAAACCACGAGGGUGUCCACACAGCCUUCCUGCAGCUGUGCCACGAGGUGUCCCGGGCGUUGGGGGGAGGCAACGGCGAGAAACGUCGAGGAGGCCUCCACCUGGCCCGGCCCAAAUCUCCCAACAUGCAGGAGCUGAAGAGGAGAUUCAGGCAGGUCCUCUCCUCCAAAGUCAAAUCGGCAUCCGCUGUCUGAUGAGUCGCAAGAAACCACGUCGUCACAGAGGCGUCCCGAGACAUUACUCUCAGUAUUUUCUCAAAAGCACAAUCUUUCGGCAUCAGCCAGCGGGAUCAAUAAUCACGUGAACUUUCCUUUUGCUGAGGUUCUGGACGAAGCUGUGAGCCGGCACAUUCCCGGCCUGCGAGGAUGACAACUGUUCACUUUUUGUCUUCUCUAAAACAAAAGGAGCUCAAUCAAAA